UGACAUGGUGACAUGGGUUCGUCGUGGGUGGUCUGGUGAAAAUGUGGGUGGUCUGGCGCGUAUGGCCAAGGGCUUUGUUCGCUGUUUAUGCUCCAAUAGAAAGACGAAGCCUGUUACAGAAGGCAACUUCUACGUUCUAAUACUGUCAUCAAAUUCUCAGUUUCAUGUGAUUUUUAAAUAAAAGUAAAAAUUUGCUUUUUAGUGAGGCAGAAGUUAGUAGUAUUAUCUGUUUUGUAAAAGUGAAUGCCUAUAGAUUUGCAGUGUUUCCAGGAACCGGAUGCCUCCAUCUUCAGGGCAGAAGAAGAAGAUGCAGACAGCAGUUCCCACUAGAACGAUGGUACAAAUCUACCAGACUCCAUGGCCUUACCUCCUAGAACACAGUACUCACUAACAUACCUGUUCAUCGAGUUUCCCUCUUCCUUACAGUUUCAAUUGGCAAUGCAAGGAAGUCUGGCAUCAGCAGUAUUUUGUAUUUUAGUAUUUACUGCAGUAUUGCAUUUUGUUGUGGGGGAAACCAGAGGAAGCAAUGUGACAUUUAUAGGAAAGACUUCAAACUUCAGUAAUGCAAAUUCAUGGUAUGAUGGGGAACAUGCAUUCCUUCGGGACAGAUAUUCUCCAAGGGAUGCUAUUUUACCACCACCAGAUGGGAAAGGACCAUACUGUAGACAGCCUGCAAAAUGUGAAUAUCUUAAUUAUACUACAUGUAUGGGUGUUAAACUGCCCUAUGCAUCCACAACACGUGAUUUAGUGGGUGAUUCAAGUACACAGGAGCAAAUACAGGAAAAGUUGCAACAGUGGCAAGGGUUACGUCACAUUCCAAAGUGCUGGGCUGUGGUUCAGCAGUUUCUCUGUGCACUGUACAUGCCAAAAUGUGAGAAUGGAACAGUGGAUUUACCUUCACAGGAAAUGUGUAAAAUGACAAUGGGCCCAUGUCGCUUGCUCGAUUCAGCCAAUAACUGGCCUACAUUUUUUAAAUGUGAUGAUACAGCCAGAUUUCCUCCAAUGUGCAAGAAUGAUGUUCGAGAACUUAAAUUCAAUACAACUGGUCAGUGUCAGAGCCCUCUGGUGCCAACUGACAACACGCAAGCUUUCUAUGAGGGAGUGGAGGGAUGUGGAGUCCGAUGCCAGAACCCACUGCUGACUGAUGAUGAGCAUAGACAGAUUCACCAGCUUGUUGCAUGGACAGGAACCAUUUGUCUUCUUUUGAAUCUCUUCACAGUGAUGACUUUCUUCAUUGACUGGCGAUCAGCAAACAAGUAUCCAGCACUUGUAAUCUUCUACAUCAACUGCUGUUUCUUAGUUUCUUGCAUUGGUUGGCUAGCACAGUUCAUUCCUGGUGCUCGAGAGGGUAUUGUCUGCCGUAAGGAUGGUACCCUGAGAAUGUCGGAACCCAGUGCAGGGGAGAACCUCUCAUGUGUGAUUGUGUUUGUGCUGGUGUACUACUUCAUCAUGGCUGCUUUGGUAUGGUUCGUAAUUUUGACAUACACAUGGUACAUCAGUUUCCAGGCCUUGGGAAAAAUUCAGGAGCGGAUAGAUAAGAAGAGUGCAUACUUCCACAUGGUUGCUUGGUCACUGCCCCUGGUUCUCACCAUCACUACUAUGGCAUUAGGCGAGAUCGAUGGUGACAGUGUUGCUGGUAUCUGUUUUGUGGGAUAUGUGAACCAGGCUGCACGUGUAGGAUUCUUGCUUGGACCUAUCACUACAGUGCUCCUCGUUGGGGGGUAUUUUCUGUCGAGGGGUCUUAUAACUCUUGUCAGGCUGAAGAUCAACAGUCAAGAUAUUAUCUCAGAGAGAGCAAGUGCAAAGAUACGUGGGACCAUAGUGCGCAUGGGCCUUUUUUCACUUCUGAUGUUUGUGUUUGUGAUGGUGACUUUUGUAUGUCAUAUGUAUGAAUUCCAUCACCAUGAUGAAUGGAAGGAUAGUUUCAGGAAAUUCAUCAUCUGCCAGGUAGUAAGCACUGGCAAUGCAGAGCCAAACAGGUGCAGGAUGGAUUCACGACCAAGCCUUUCCAUGCUGCAGCUACAUCUUCUGGUGAUGUUCCUGGCAGGUGUUAUCAUGUCAUCAUGGGUAUGGACUAGCUCCACAGUUGACACUUGGAGAAGAUGUGUCAGGAGGACUUUGAAGAGCCAAGUAGAAGAACCAGUUAGACUGAAGAAACACAAGGUCAUUGCUCAAGCAUUUGCGAAGAGGAAGACAUUCAACAAUGCAGGUCGCCUCUCCAUUAGUUUUCAUAGCACAUAUGAGGAUCCUGUAGGUAUGAACUUUGACAUGAACAGUGCUGCAUCACAGGACUUAAGCUCUACAUGGGCUGCAGCUUUGCCAAAACUGAUGACACGACGUGGCGCCCUCAUAGGAGUGACCACAGGCUCCAACUCAAGUCAGCACCACAACUCUAUAGAUUCUGAGAUCAGUUACAGUGUGAGAAGGGUGUCUGUGGAAUCACGUCGCCACUCGCUGGACUCUCAGGUGUCUGUGCAGAUUGCGGAAAUGACAGCCACACGAAAGGCUGCAGCUACUCCUAUGCCUAGAGCAUCCGCUGCAGUUUCUGGUGGUAGAGGCAGAAAAGCUCGUAACAGGAGGCAAAGAAGAGAGUUUGGACGCAGCCGAAACAGCCGUGUAGGUCCACUCUUUGUUCGCAAAGGUAGCACAACAUCACAGGAAAGUCAGCUAGGAACCCAGAUUCUAUCAGCUUUGACAUUAGCCAACACGAAUAUCCCCUCAUUUGUUCCUAAUUUAAGGAAGAGGAGAGCUGGAAAUGCAGGUCUGGACAGUUCAAAAGUCAAUCCAUUUGCUCUGCCAGGCCGAAGUCUUGAUUUGAGUGAUGAAGAGCAAAAUCGUGAUGAGAAGGUGCCUGGUCCAGCUAAGAAAUUUGAUAUCAUCCUGUGUGGAGAGGCUAAUGAGGUUGGGUUAGAAGAUGUCAACCAAAGUGAAGGAGAGGGCAGUGGUGGAUCAGGGGCAGAAAAUGAGGAGAGAGUGGGAAUGUCAAAUGACUUGCAUCAGGAUGGAAUUGACAGUAGGAGGGAUGAUGUAAGUACCAAAGGAAAGAAAAUGAGCAUUGAAAAGAAUGACAGUGUAGAAAUGUGCCACAUUAAAGGUGUCAGCAUUAAGGAUAAUAGGAAUGCUGGUGAAUGUUAUUGGAAGCCAAACAGUGAAUUGAACUGUCAUCAAAUCAAGAAUGGAGACAACUAUGCACAUCAGAUUAGAACCAGUGAGACAAACAGAUGCAGAAAUGACUGUGGAGAUUUAAGGAACAGGAACAUACCCGAUGAAGUAAAAUUGUACCUUACUGAAGAAUCUGAUGAUGAACCACUACAAAAACUAAACUUCAUGCCAUCUGUAGAUGUUGCAGGUGUUUCAGACGGUUCAACUUCAUUUUGCCCAGAGUUAUCUCGACUAGCUGUAUUAUCCUCCCAUUCUGGCAUAUCAGUUGGCAGUCCACACAACUUUUUAACUGGUAAAAUUCGUAUGAUAAAAGUUGCACCAUGCAACCAGAGCACCAAUGGUGACAAGUUAGGAAGUGCAUGUGAAGUUGGGACUCAGACUUCGCUGUCUAUAGAUUGUAUUGAAAUGCAGGAAACAAAUGCAGCACACUCUUCCCCACUACGAACACACACAAGCCAAAGUACCCAAGUAUCUCCACUUCCAUCUCGAUCUUCAGUUCCUCCUCCAAAGCCACAAAGACUUAUUCAAAAAAGUCAGUCUCCACUUAUCAGUAAAGUAACUGGUGAUGUAUCAUCAGGUUCGAGAAGUACUGAGAAAAGUCAGUCUCCACAUAUCAAUAAGAUGACUGGUAAUGUAUCAUCAGGUUCAAGAAGCAGGGGGCUCAAUUACAGUUACAAUGCACAACAGCUGAUGAAAGAACUUGCUGUGAGCAAUCUAGUGGCAGCUCCGGUCAGACCAGAGAGAAGGAAGAGUACUCAAGGCAAGGAUAUCACAAGAAGCAAAAGUGCAGAUGACAAGAACAUUGAACUUCAGUGCAAACCUAUUCUGUUGUGAUAAUGUUUAUAUUAACAUAUAUCCAUGGGCAGCUACAAACUACAUGCAGAGGUAGUAUUCAAACAAGUAUGUACCUCAGUUUAAAUGAAGAUUAUUAUUACUUUCAGAUGGCAUACUUGUAACGCAUAUCAGUAUGUGUUAACAUAACACAUGUUAUUCACAUACCAUGUAUUAAAGCCAUGACAUACCUCUAGUGAUUAGUCAUCAGUUUCUUAUAAAAACCCUGUAUUCACUCCCAGAACAAUCUCUGUGGUAUUUGUAAUGGAAUUGGGGCAGAAUUUUGCCCUGUGUAGUUUGGUUUUCCCCUCCAAAUCAUCAUUCCACCUAUACUCCAUGCACAUUACCAUUGCUGUCAUCAUCAGGGGCCGGUACAAUCCACCCACUUGAGGCUGAAGCAUGAAGGGAUUCAGUCUUAUGCCAUUCCUUUCAUCAUUACUAUGUAAUUACACAUAAACUGUUGAGCCCUGGAGUUCUUUGCAUCAUUACUUAAUUUACAUACUAUUAAACUUGGUGUAAAUUACAAGUACCACAUAUCUUACAUUCAGUUUGAAUGAAUUAGGCUUGGCCACACAAAAAUAUCUAAUUUUAUUAUGACAGAUCUUCCUCUGGGUAACAAAAGCUUGCUGCUUUUACAAGUACUUCCAUUCCCUGACAUCCUGUUCUAAAUACUCAUUUCUAUAAUCACAAAAAUCUAUCGUAUAAAUUAGAUUUGCUCCAUCUAGGACAAUACCUCUGAACUUGAAGAAUUAAAUACCAUUUUAAUGUGCCAUUCAGAUAGAGGCCAUAAAGUAAAUAUUUCAUGUCCUUGAUUCUUGGGGGGGGGAUAAUACUGCAUCCAAUGAGAUUGAGGUAAUAAAAUUGGACUGCCACAUUGCUCAUAAUUGUGGUAUUUGGACAGUUGUAGAUUUUUAAAAAACUUGAUUUAUAUCAGAAUUUUUAGUACUGUCAUGGGUUAGUGACUAGACACCUGGUUCGGAUUGGUAAUUUGGUUCAUUGGAUACUUACUACUUUGAACUACAGAUAAUUCCAACACUUUCAUUAUUUUUCAUAAUCUGCAAAUUACCAUAGCAGAGUGCUGUGUCUUCACAUACUCAUUUCUUGGUUACUGACUCCAGUAACAAGGACCCUUCCUAAUGUUUAUGUGCUUGAUGGCUCUGGCAUUGGUUCUCACUGGCUCUCUUUAUGUAGCUUUGUUACAGACAGAUUAGAAAACACUACCUCCAACAGUUCCUUCACUGUCAUAUAUAUUCACUGCCACAGCACUCUGAUGAACAUAUGCUUUCCAUCAUGCUUUUCAAAUAAAAUUUAUAUAAUAUGCAUUUAUAUCUGAGUGAAUUAUCAGAACUAAUAAGAUUGAUAUAUUGCAGUACAAAAUUAGAUCUGGUUUCCUGAGGGAGGAAAUUUUGUAUCUCUCUUAACUAGUAUUGUAAGGUAAUUAAAUUUCUCAGCAUCUUUUUGUAGACCAUGAAUUUAUAUUGUUUCAUUAUUUAUACAUAAUGUCUAAGCUGACUAUUAUUUUAAGAAUACAAAGUGUGUGCAUUUAUAUGUGUAUUUUAUAUAACAUGUAGCUUAUACGUUGUUUUUAUAUGUUGAUAUAUCUUCCACAAGAAGCUGGGGGACAAUAAAAUUUUAAAAUGUA